AUCAAAACCAACGUAUAUCGACUGAGAAUAGAAAUUGGGGGUUAGGGUUCUUGAGCGCCAUUGAAGCACAACUCAACAGUAAUCCGAGAUGAAUCCUGGGGUGAAGAUUGAGAUUCAUCAUGGGGGUGAAUUCACAGAAAAGAGCGGAACAAAGCACUACGAAGGAGGUAAAAUUGAGUACAUUAAUAAUCAAUGUCUGGAAACUAUCUCUAAUUCCAUGUUUGAAGAUUAUGUAAAGCAUGAUUUAGGAUAUAAAAAUUUUAAAUUAUAUUGGUACAAAGGGUCUUUUGAUGAAAGGGGUUGUAAGCUACUCUGGAAUGAUGAGAUUUUUGAUCAAAUGUUUUUCCAUGCUUUUGCCAUUGGAGAAAUUAAAAUUAUAGUUGAUCAUGCACAUGAAACUGGUGAGGCUGAAAAAAAUUGUUUCGAUAAUGAUGGAGAUAAGGAGAGUGGUAAAGAAGGUGAUAGAGACCAUGAGAGUUCUGAGAGGGAAGAGGGAGAUGUGGGUGGUGAGAGUGACAUUGGUGAGGAUAGUGACAGUGGUGAGGAUAGUGAUUAUCAUGAGAGUGAUAUUGGUAAUGACAGUGAUAUUGAUGAGGAAUUUGAAGAGAUAAAACUGAAGAAAAAAGAGGUAUAUGAGUCAAAGAUGAACCCUGCAAAAGAUGAUGAAUUGGACAUCCCUUUGAAGGAUCUGGUAAGCAAAGAGAAUAAGAAAAAGAAAAGAAGAAGAAAGCAGAAUGUGGAGGUGGUUGAUGCUGAAAAUAAGAACGAAGAAAGCACUCAAAAUGCAGAUUGGGAGAGUGAGUAUGAGAGUGAUUCACUGAAAUUGCUGGAUAGUGAUUCUACUGAUUCUAGUGAAAAUGAUGAGGUUGGCUCUGUUAAAAAGAAGAGGCAUAAGAUGAAGGAGAUUUCUAAUACCUUUAAUCCUAAUACUCCUAUGAAAUACAUAAACUUUGAGUUGAACAAAAGAGGGGUAUUAUAUUGGCCACACACUGGACUACCAGAUAUUAUCCCUCCAAAAGCAAGGCGAAUGCCUGGUAGGCCAAAGAAAGCAAGAAGAAGGGAGCAAGGUGAAGAGGGUGCUAGAGGAAAGAUAGGUAAAAAAGGUAUUGAGAUGAGAUGUAGUCUGUGCUUGACACCAGGACAUAACAAAUCCACUUGUAAAGCAACUGCAGAAGAAAUUGCAGAGAAGCAAUCUGCAGCAGCUGAAAGGAGGAAGGCUCAUAGUGAAGCACUAAAGGCAGAAGCUGCUAGAAAUAGAAAGAAGAAGGCAACAAGUCAAAAAAAGAAGAAUGCACCAAGUGGACCAAGUGGCCAGAGUGCACCAGAUGGACAGAAUGCACCAGAUGGACAAGCAAAGAGAAAGAGGGGGAGACCACCAAAGAUUGACAACACUAAAGUUCUACCACCUCCACCUCCUUUGCCUCCACCUGGUUCAGGAGUGUUUAUCAGUUCACAGGAUGGACAACUUUAUAUGUCCACCCCGAAUGGUGUUGUUAGGGUGUCUGACAUGUAA